AUGGACACGGGGUCUGUGGUUGGUCUGCAUGAACAGCAGUUUGGCAAUGUUCCCAUCCAGAUUACUAUCCAGAAAUGUAAAUCUGACAAUCAGAGAAAUGAUGAUCCAAAUUGUUGCCAAUCCUUAUGGGAAAAUUUCAAAAAUCAUUUUAGGUUGUCUGCCUUUUCCCUUUCCCACUUUCAUCUUUAUUUUUCCAUUAAAUAUGUCUUAGUUGAUUACUGUAUAUUAUUUCAUUCAACAGCUUCUUUUAAGUCGUUAUCAGAUGAUGGGCAACGACUUUUCAUUAGGAUCUACACUCGAAAAGGGCCAUGGUUCCGGAAGGGCAGCAUCUCAUAUCAAGAGAUUUCAGAUCUGGAGCAUGCAGUCAUGGAGUUGGAGUUGGCAGGUUAUAUCGACAUGCUUUCUUGCACCAUUGAUCCUUUUGAAUAUGAUAUGAAGGAGAUUCUUGAUGUGUUAAGUGUUCCUGAAAUGAAGGAAAUUCUCAAGGAGCUUCCUAAGGAUAACACAAUCCGCACACGUCGACAUGAGCUUGUUAGCACCCUUCUGUCUUCAUACCGUAAUAGUACCUGUGCAUCACUACCAAAACGGAUCCUAAAAUGGACUGGAACCUGUAUAAGAAUUUCGAAGAUGGCAGAUGAACUUCUGUGGCGUAUCCAGAGGCUAUUUUUUCUAAAUGGUGAUCAAGAUCUUUCUUCAUUUCUAUCAGUGGAAUUUGGUAUAGUGAAGUUUCCAGACUAUGUUUGCAGCAUCUCCCAUCGCAUUUUUCAAGAAAGAAAUGAUCUACUUGAGUACGAAGACGCUAUUCGAGUUGCUCAGGUGAUGGAUGAAUCCCUUGAUAAUAAUAAAAUGGACUUGGUGACAAGAUGCAUCGAUUUAUCUGAGAAUCGAUUAUGCAUUAUGCCAAAACGAGAAAACGCGAUUACACCUGAACGUCUCCCAUCAUUCUUUUCUCGCUUUUCAGCGUCCUGGGUCUAUUCGAAAAUACUCACAUUAGGUGUCUCUGUUUAUGAAAGAGACCGCAGGUAUGAAGAUGCAGUCAGGAUUCUAAAGACACUACUUAGCACAGUUGCUUGUGAUAGACGGCGAGGAUAUUGGGCAUUGAGGCUAUCCAUUGAUUUGGAGCAUAUGGGUCGUUCAAAUGAGAGCCUAUCCACAGCUGAAGGAGGGGCAAUUGAUCCAUGGGUCCAUGCUGGUUCAAAGUUCGCGCUGCAAAGGAGAGUUCUGCGUUUAAGCAAACCUCCACGACGCUGGAAAGUUCCCAGUUACGCUGAUUAUGUUAAGAGAAAUAUAAGAGAGGUAAGCAUUGAAGGAAGGCCAUUGAAUUGCGAGACAGGAGCAAAGAAUGUAUUUUACGGUUACGAUGGGGAACUUUGUGGGGUAGAACAGUUGGCUUUACAAUAUUAUGCUGAUGAAGGUGGUGGUUGGCAAGGUACCCAUUCGGAAGGUAGCAUUUGGAUGACUAUCUUUGGCCUUCUAAUGUGGGAUGUGAUGUUUUCAGACAUACAUGAUGUUUUCCAGUCUAAAUUCCAGACAGAUGAUUUUUAUAAAUCUAGAGAGAACAUUGCAGAAUCUCAGUUGAAGAGGAUACGGGACGGAAUGGCCGAAGAGAUGCUAAUCAGCUCAUGGGAGCUACAUCAGGGGACAUCCUGCCAGGGUGUUAACUGGGCCCGUUAUUCGUUAACUGAUCUACGGGCUGUUGUUGCAUGCGUUGGUGGCCACCGUUUGGCAUCGCUCCUCCGCCAUCUAGCCGUUGAUUACAGGAGCUGGUCGAGUGGAAUGCCCGAUCUGCUGCUAUGGCGUUUCCUUGAUGAAAGAGGUGGAGGUGAGGCUAAACUUGUGGAGGUCAAAGGACCCAGGGACCAGCUGUCAGAGCAACAGCGUGCAUGGAUUUUGGAUUUGACGUGGAAGUAAGUUUGCAAAGUAAGCCCGGUCACCAAGCGGAGAUAGCUCGCUUGCUAAAUUUAGUCUGAUUAUUACGAUGCAAAAUGUAUUUGGUUGAUUAGAUAGAAGGGCAAAUCUGUAACGCAUAAGCAAUGGCAUUGUUGUCGUGUUGCACUGAAGUAACAGUCAAGCUCUACUUGACAUGCUAUAACUUUGAGAGGGAAGGAUGCAUUUAGUUGUCUGAAUCGGCACAA